CUUUCGAUUGACUAUAUCGGGAAAGGAAAUAGCUGCAACACCUGCUGCGACGAAGUAAAAGUUUAAGUGAUUGUUCUGCGUGUCUGAAAUGGCUUGUCGGUAUUUCCUGGAGUAUCUGAUCCUCAUUUCGUGCCUAGUUGCUGGACAGUCUCCAAAAUAUGCAUUGAAGGGGGGGGAGGUCUUCUUGACGGCAGACAUCAUUGGACAACCCGAUGGAAUUCUGUGGAAACAUAAGGGCAACAAAGCGGUCGAGUUUAAUGGCAAUGAGCAACAAGUGUACAGCCCAUUUGAAAACCGGCUCAAUCUUGACUGGGUCUCUGCAGAACUCCAUAUCACUGACCUCAGAUUUGAAGACAGCGGAGAGUAUGAACUGGAAGUAGACAUUAACAAAGGGUUGCAUCGUGCACUUCGUCAAUUGGAGGUCAUAGACAAGAUCUCCAAGGUCGCCAUAUCCUGUGAGAUGAACGAUGGCAGCAGCAGCAGCGCUAACAUCUCUGGAAAGCUGGUGUGUUCUGCAGAGCCCAGACAUCUUCAAUCUUUAAUGAAGAUUGAGUGGAGAUCCCACGGAAACGUGCAGCCUGGCCCAGAGUUUAAAAUAUCUCUGGCGGAUGAACAUGAUGAGGAAAAAUACAGUUGUAGUGUGAGCAACCCUCUGAGUAGUGAAACCGCUACAUUCACUGCAAAGGAUUGCAUCCUAGAGAAAGGUUCAUCUGUGCCACUGAUUGCCGGCCUAGCAUGCUUCGCCUGCCUCGCUGUGAUCGUGUGUCUGGUCUCUGUACUUUUAUGCAAACAUUACAAUAAAGCGUGUUUUGCAAAAGAUGAUUGUGAAAAACAGUUACAACCCGGUGUAACAAAAGAUGAUGCAAAUAGGGCUCUUUGUGACGGAGGGACCACGCUUCCCUCCAACCAGCAACUCCGUUAUGAGAAAGUACCUGAUCAAGAUAUGGAAGAUGACACGCCACGAAAAGGGCAUGUCGAAGAGACUAGAAAGAUGUAUGAGCGAAACUGUGACGGACAGAGCGGUUCAAGGAAACCUGAAAGUAGUAGUUUAAAAUAUAACGCAGACAAGCAUAAGAAUACUGCGUCUCCUCCUUCCCCUCCGCACAAGCCAGAGGAGGAGGCGGAUGAGAAUGAGGAAGCUUUGACUGAAAGCUCUCCAAAUAUAGCAUCUAAGGACACUGCUGGUGAACGCAAGGAAGACGCCAACUCAGAUCAGGUCACUAAUGAAACUGCAGAGAAAAAUGUCAGAGAAUCUGACUCAUCGGGCGAAGGGGAAAGAAAUGAAUCAGAUGAGUCUACCGAAGACAAACCGUCGCCCACUGCUCCUGAACAGAAAGGCUCAAAAACAAUACUACAUGAGCAAGAUUUAAACCCGGUCAGUCAAACAGUCAAACCGGUUUCUGAAGAUGAAACAGGUAGUGUAGGUGAUGAAACAGAUAAGGACCCAGAUCUGUUUUUAGACACCUCCCAGAAACCUCCGAGCCCCACACCAACCAAUACAGUCAUAGAGUCCCCCGACACUGCGCCUGCUGACACCGCGCCUGAUCACACUGCGCCUGCUCACACUGCGCCUGCUGACGCCGCGCCUGCUCACACCGCGCCUGCUCACACUGCGCCUGCUGACGCUGCGCCUGCUGACACCGCGCCUGCUCACACUGCGCCUGCUGACGCCGCGCCUGCUGACACCGCGCCUGCUCACACUGCGCCUGCUGACGCCGCGCCUGCUCACACCGCGCCUGCUCACACUGCGCCUGCUGACGCUGCGCCUGCUGACACCGCGCCUGCUCACACUGCGCCUGCUGACGCCGCGCCUGCUGACACCGCGCCUGCUCACACUGCGCCUGCUGAUGCCGCGCCUGCUGACGCCGCGCCUGCUGACCCAGAACGACAAGAGGAGGAUAAAAUCAGCCAUGACUCGGAUGAGUCUGAGGGGCAGACAGAUAAAGGUGAGGCUGAAGCUGUUGAAAAUAAACCUGAAAAAGAAGAAAAGCCAGGGAAUGAGAGCCUUAGUGAGGAUCAAAAAGCACAAAAGAAAGAGGAAGUUGUUGCGUUGGCAAACUGAAAAGGGAAAAUGUAAGAAGGAAGCAGAUUGUGAAACUGUAAAUACAGCACAGCCAAAGGGAAUCAAUACAAAGAUGUAAAGAUAAGUUAGAUUAUUAUGGACGGAUUUCAAGACUUCCAUCUGCAGACAAAUAUCUACUGUUGGACUGUAGGAUAAUUAUGGACAGAUGGGCGUACAGUAAGAAAAGAAGCAGACGAUUACCAAGUAAAAAAAGGCUAGUCUCUCCUGUCUGUUCCUUUAUUACGUAACGCAAUACAAAAGAUGUCAUUAAAACAAGUAAUGCCAGUAACUAGAUAACUGACAAACAAUACAACACAAAUAUCCACAGUGAAACAGUCAGUGUAAGAGAACUGGCAGCACCUGGAAUUACUCACCUGAGUCACUGAUAGAGCACCACAAGCUAAACGCACUGAGAAAACCCCCUUUCUUUGACUUUUGUCAAGUAACUAACUUCUUAGUUACUUUUAAUAUUAUUCAAAAUGUGUUUGACUAACAGCUGCAUUGUACAUUUCUAUUUUUUUAUUGCUUGUUUUCUUUUUUUCACUAAUGUAUGCUUUUUAUAAAUCAAGUUCUUAUAAUAAUUAUAAGAAGUUAUAUGUUUAACUCUAAUACAUUUAAAAACACUAAUCUUAUAAAUGGCAUAAUGUGACCUUACUCGUAAGGAAGGCUUGUUGGUGCAAUAGAAAUACUGUGAGCUUAGUUAAAACAACAGAUUGUUGCCCUUUUUAAAAAUCAAAAUGCUUUAUUGAAGGUGUUGAAGGAGAUUAAAAUCAUCACGAGCAUCAAAUAUUUCUUCUGGAUUCAUAAAGGACGAAACACGUGUGUGAUGUUACGAUGCUGUAAGCGUAUGACAAUAUAAAAGCAAUAUUCAAUAUUAGUCCUUCUCUCUCCAUGUAUUGCAAAAUGUUUAAUACACUAAUACAUUUUUUAUUGAGACCGGCUUAUUUCUGCUAAUUCAUUGCCGUGAUGAUAUUCUGAAUGUUUCAGAGCUCAUCGUAUCUUUGAUGUUAUGGAUUAUUAAUGAUAUGUGACUCUACGGCUCGAUUUUAUUUGUAUUUUGUUUAAAAAUUAAUUGUGCUGGAGUGUUUGCUGAUGAUGGAUGUUUUGGAAAUGUUGCAUUGCACUGGUUAGUAGGCCAGACAAGGCAAUGCUAGUGUGGGUAGUUUAUGUUCCAGUUUCUUCUCAAAUAAAAGCUCA